CAGCCGCCGCCGCCGCCGCCGCUCGCUCGCUGCCUCCUGAAUUUCUUCCGGCGGGCUUUGGCGCGCCUAUCGGACUAGAGCCGGCGCGGACGUGCGGGAGGCAGCCGUGGAGCGGGGCGCGCAGCGGGCGCCGUGAGUAACCCUGGGCAGCAACCAGAAGCACCUCUCUCUUCCCAUCCCUGGCCGGUCGGGAGUGUUCUUGAAAAAAUGUCAGCCGAUAUACCAUUCAACAUCAAUAUCAAAGAGCCUCGCUGGGAUCAAAGCACGUUUAUUGGACGAGCGAGCCAUUUCUUCACCGUCACUGAUCCUAGGAAUAUUUUGUUGUCCAAUGAGCAACUAGAAAAAGCAAGAAAAAUUGUGCAUGAUUACAGACAAGGAAUUGCAUCCCCUGGAUUAACAGAAGAUGGACUAUGGAGGGCGAAAUACAUCUACGAUUCAGCCUUCCAUCCAGAUACUGGGGAAAAGAUGGUUUUAAUUGGCCGCAUGUCUGCUCAGGUGCCCAUGAACAUGACCAUUACUGGCUGCAUGAUGACCUUUUAUAGAACUACUCCAGCAGUGGUCUUCUGGCAGUGGAUUAACCAGUCAUUCAAUGCCAUCGUAAAUUACACCAACAGGAGUGGAGAUGCUCCAAUUACUGUCAGCCAGCUGGGAACAGCCUAUGUUUCUGCCACCACAGGUGCUGUUGCAACUGCUCUAGGACUUAAUGCACUAACAAAGCAUGUCUCACCUCUUAUAGGACGUUUUGUUCCUUUUGCUGCUGUAGCUGCUGCUAACUGCAUUAAUAUCCCAUUAAUGAGGCAAAGGGAACUAAAGUAUGGUAUUCCAAUUACAGACGAAAAUGGAAACCGAUUAGGUGAAUCGUCCAAAGCUGCCCAACAGGCCAUUGUGCAGGUGGUUAUCUCACGGAUCCUUAUGGCUGCUCCUGGCAUGGCCAUUCCCCCGUUCAUAAUGAAUUCUUUGGAAAAGAAGGCAUUUUUAAAGAGGUUUCCAUGGAUGAGUGCCCCCAUUCAAGUGGGUUUAGUUGGCUUCUGUUUGGUGUUCGCAACACCUCUGUGCUGUGCAUUAUUUCCACAAAAAAGUUCCAUGUCUGUAACUCGUCUGGAGCCAGAAUUACAAGCCAAGAUCCAAAACAGCAACCCUGAAUUGGAGCGUGUGUAUUUUAACAAAGGGUUAUAAUUUGUAGAAGACAAAAUAUCCCUCAGUGACAAUUAGGUGAACUUAUUUUAAAUUGUGAGAAAGCCUUGGUGAAGA